AUGUGGGCUGAUCCUGACAUGACCCGUCAAAUGGACGCACGGUCUGUGAUGGAUCAUGGCUCGGGUGAUCAUGCAACUGUCAGCAUCCGGGAAGUAGUGCGACUGUGCUUCGAAGCAGCGCUUAUGAAGAACUACCAUGGGACGAUGGCGAGAAGACCGAAAAUGAGCCGCACAAAGCAAUAUGAUAGAAAAUGCAAUUGGUAG